AUGUCAGCAAUUUGUGUUAUAAAAGGAGAUGGAGUCGAUGGUAUAAUUAAUUUUAAACAAAAUGAUAAUAAAUCACCAGUUAUAAUUAGUGGAGUAAUUUCAGGAUUAAAAGAGGGUAAACAUGGAUUUCAUGUUCACGAAUUUGGAGAUACAACCAAUGGGUGUUUAUCAGCAGGAGCUCAUUUUAAUCCAUUUAAAAAAGAACAUGGUUCACCAAAUGAUGAAAAUCGUCAUGUUGGUGAUUUAGGUAAUAUAGAAUCUAAUAAAGAUAAGAAAUCAAUUAUAAACAUUACAGAUAAUAUCAUAACAUUGUUUGGUCAAAAUAGUAUAAUUGGUAGAUCAAUAGUUGUGCAUGAUAAAGAAGAUGAUUUAGGCAGAGGUAAUUCACAAGAUUCUAAAAUAACUGGUAAUGCUGGUUCAAGACUUGGUUGUGGUAUAAUUGCACUAUCAAAAAUUUAA